AGGCUUGGGACACUCUUUCUUCCGGUAAUGCGAUAUUCAUACAAAGUUUCUCUUUUUCUAACUUUUCUUUAACUACAGAAAGCUAUUCAAAAACCGACUAAAAUGGCUUCAGAUUGUUUUCGAUGGAAAACAAUGAACAGUUUAGAUCUUUCACAAUGCCUCAUUUCCGAUGAGCAAUCAAGACUUUUAAAUACUGAAAACGCGAAUACUAAUAUUGAUGUCUGCGUUACCAAACAAAUUGAAGAAAACUCUCCCGACAAUACCCAAAUUAAAGAAGAAGAGGGGGUAGAAUUCUACUCUUGGUCAUCUUCUCCGAAUCUCAAUACAAAUAUCCCCCUAUUGACACAUCUGGACCAGCAAGAUCUUGAAAGGCUAGCCGAAGUAGAACCUGUUUCUGCUUCUGUUCUAAGUGAAAACGAACUAAUAAGAAAAAUUGAUCAACAAAAAAAACCUAAUGAUACAACGACUUCUAUUUCACAACCAGAAAUAGAUUUUUCUCGAAUAGUUUCAUCAGUUGAAACACAACGUGAGAGGUCAGGACAUAUCCAAGACCAACAAGGAACUCCAAUCCAAAGAUUUGUUGAAAUUCCUGACGGUCAUAUCUCUGACGGUGAAAGUAAAUCGAAGCCGCCAGAUACUAUAGAGUUGUUUGAUGCUCAAGAAGACUCGGAAGACGACCUAGCAGAAGUAGAGGAGCUUGAGAUAUUUCCAUCUUUAUAUAAUCAAAAGACUGAGAGAAGCCAUGAAACUCGGAAUAUUAAUCCGAAAUUUUCAAAAGAAGCUGAAAAUUCUAUCAUUACAAAUACGCCGCUUAAUUUUGAGAAAAGUUUAGACAUGUCGCAGCAUGAGCUACGAUAUCUGCGACGACCGAUAUCAGAUUACAACUUUGAUCUUGGUAUUCAAAAUGAGCUUACAACAAUUUAUGAAGACUACGUAAAAGAAAAUGAGCGCUUGAGAAGAGUUAAAAAGCGACGAAGUCAACCGUCUGCUCAAACUUCGCUAGAGAAAACGGAUUCGGAGAAUGCCUUCCUUACAUUUUAUAAAGACUGGAUUAGGAUAGCUAAACAUCGAAAAGAAAAAGGAAACAUCAAGAUUCAAAGUAAAAAGGAGGGUUAA